AUGGCUUUAAAAUUGUGGGAGCGCAUUUCCCAGGCGGAUAAUGUUUUUCAGGCUCUUCGUCCCUUGACUUACAUAUCCCUUUUGGGUCUGGCUCCGUUUCGUUUAAACUUGAAUCCCCGCAAGGAAGUGCAGACUUCGACAUAUUCCUUUAUCGCCGGCAUAGUGCACUUCCUGUUCUUUGUCCUGUGUUUUGGCAUAUCCGUUAGGGAAGGUGACUCCAUAAUAGGAUACUUCUUUCAAACGAAUAUCACGCGUUUGGGCGAUGGAACCCUUCGCCUGACUGGCAUUUUGGCCAUGUCCACCAUCUUUGGUUUUGCCAUGUUCAAAAGACAACGCUUGGUGAGCAUCAUCCAGAAUAAUAUCGUGGUGGAUGAGAUAUUCGUGAGGCUGGGCAUGAAGCUGGACUACCGGAGGAUCCUUUUGUCCAGCUUUUUGAUCUCUCUGGGAAUGCUCCUGUUCAAUGUCAUCUAUCUGUGCGUUAGCUAUGGCCUGCUGGUCAGUGCCACCAUCUCGCCCUCGUUUGUGACCUUUACAACCUUUGCCCUGCCGCACAUCAACAUCAGUUUGAUGGUCUUCAAGUUUCUCUGCACAACGGACUUGGCAAGGAGUCGGUUCAGCAUGUUAAAUGAAAUCCUCCAGGACAUUUUGGAUGCCCACAUUGAGCAGUAUAGUGCCUUGGAACUCUCUCCCAUGCAUUCGGUGGUCAAUCACAGGCGUUACUCGCAUCGCCUCCGAAAUUUGAUUAGCACUCCAAUGAAGCGGUACAGUGUCACCUCGAUAAUACGUCUUAAUCCGGAAUAUGCCAUCAAGCAGGUCUCCAACAUACACAAUCUUCUCUGCGACAUCUGCCAAACCAUCGAGGAGUAUUUCACAUAUCCGCUGCUCGGCAUCAUCGCCAUAUCCUUUCUGUUCAUUCUCUUUGAUGACUUUUACAUCCUCGAAGCUAUUUUGAAUCCCAAAAGAUUGGAUGUCUUUGAAACAGACGAGUUUUUCGCCUUUUUUCUUAUGCAACUGAUAUGGUAUAUAGUAAUUAUAGUACUGAUUGUGGAGGCCAGCAGCCGCACAAUUGUACAUAGCAACCAUACCGCAGCCAUAGUUCACAAGAUCCUGAAUAUCACCGAUGAUCCGGAGUUAAGAGAUCGCCUUUUUCGACUCUCCUUGCAAUUAUCCCACCGGAAGGUUCUUUUUACAGCCGCUGGACUGUUUCGCUUGGAUCGUACUUUGAUUUUUACCAUUACUGGCGCUGCCACCUGCUACCUCAUUAUCCUCAUUCAAUUUCGAUUCACACAUCACCUGGAAGAGACCGCUGCCAACUCCACAAAUCACUCGCAUCCCAUACAUGUUGGGGAAUAA